AUGGCUCUCCGCUUCAUACAACAGACCCUCACAGUCGCAGCCCUGUGCUCAGCAGCCCUCGCACAAACAUCCGAUGUCAUCCCCGCCGACAUCAGCGCCGGCUUCACCAACAAAGAAGUCCAAGUCUCCUUCGACGCCAAAGCCGUAGACGGCUUCGCCUCGGGCACAACCUUCUCCAAAGACGCCGUCAGCACAGAACCCACCUUCGCCCUCGGCGACAGCAACGGCAUCUCGCCCAGCACCCGCUACACCCUCAUCAUGGUCGACACCACCUGCACCUCCGCCCGCAAGCUGCACUACGUGCGCUCCAACUUCAAGUUCUCCUUUGCCGGCGGCGCGAAUAUCGACACCGAGUCUGCCCCGCUGCUCGAGUACAAAGCCCCCGGCGCGCUGGGCGAGCAGGGCGACGCCCGCCAGUACGUCUUCCUGAUGUACACGAACCCGCAGCGCAAGGAGUUCGCCGAGAUGCAGCUGCCGGCCGACGAUCAGGUGUUCGACAUCAAGCAGUUCCAAAACGACAAUGGGCUCAAAGACCCCGUUGCGGGCGUCGGCAUGGUAGUAACCCUGGGCGGGACCGCAGACUGCGGCAGCGAGGGCGCAAACCAGGUACCCUCGGGCCUGCCCUCUGCGGCGCCAGCAUCAAGCGCAGCAGCGAGUUCCGUAGUGAGUUCCGCCGCGAGCUCCGCAGCCCAGACGAGCCCCGCGCCCGCGCCCACUCCGUCUCCACCCGGCAGCCCAGCAGCACCAUCACCACCCCCCAGCGUCCCGGCCUCGCCCUCGCCUCCCACCGGCCCCGCCAACACGCCCCCAGCGCCCUCCAGCGCCCCCGCCGCCGCGCCAUCCCCCAGCGUACUCCCCGGGACGCCGACCACGAGCCGGGCGCCGCUGGAGCAGACGGCGAAUGCGGCGGCGGGGACGGUGGUGGCGAUGGGGUCGGGGCGGUUUGUGACGCGGUUGUUGGUUGUUGCGGGGGUGUUGGUUUGGUGGGGGUGA